ACUUCUUCGGAAAGCUUAUGCUCUAAUAAAUUUGUUAGUCUCUAAGGUGCCACAAGUACUCCUGUUCUUUUUGCGGAUACAAACUAACACGGCUGCUACUCUGAAACCUGUCAAAAUGGCAGAUGAAAUUCAUUGUUGAUAAAUGCAAAGUAAUGCACAUUGGGAAACGUAAUCCCAACUGGACAUACAGAAUGAUGGGGAUGGGGUCUAAAUUAGCUGUAUCCACUCAAGAAAGAGAUCUUGGAGUCACUGUGGACAUUUCUCUUAAAACGUCCACUCAAUGUGCAGGGGGAGUCAAAGAAGCUAACAAAGUUAGGAGCCACUAGGAAAGGGAUAAAUAAUAAGACAGUAACUAUCAUAAUGCCACUAUAUAAAUCCGUGGUAUGCCCACACCUUGAAUACUCAAAAAAUGAUCUAUUAGAAAAAGUAAAGAGAAGGGCAAUAAAAAUGAUUAAGGGCAUGGAACAGCUUUCAUAUGAGGCGAGAGUAAAAACACUAGGACUAUUCAGCUUGGAAAAGAGGCGACUAAGGGGGAUAUGAUAGAUGGCUACAAAAUCAUGAAUGGUGUGGAGAAGGUGAAUAAGGAAGUGUUGUUUAUCCCUUCACAUAGCACAAGAAGCAGGGGGUAAUGCAAUAAAAUUAAUAAGCAGCAGGUUUCAAACAUAAGGAAGUACUUUACACUAUGCACAAUCAACCUGUAUAGCUCAUUGCCAGGGGAUGUUGUGAAAGCUAAAAGUAUAACUGGGUUCAAGAAAGAAUUAGAUAUGAUUCUGGAGGAUAGGUCCAUCAAUGGCUAUUGGCCAAGUUGGUCAGGGAUGCCACCCCAUGUUCUGGGUGUCUCUUAACUGCUGAUUGCCAGAUGCUGGGACUGAACAACAGGAUAGAUCACUUGAUAAUUACCUGUUCUGUUCAUUCCCUUUGUAGUAUCUGGCAUUGGCCACUGUCAGAAGACAGGAUACUGAUCUAGAUGGACCAUUGGUCUGACCCAGUAUGGCCGUUCUUAUGCCCUGUCAAGGGGAUAGUUCACUAUCAGUGAUUCUCCUUUCAGUAAGGGAGAGUUGCUGCUAAAUACAAUGGGCCAAAUUUUGCCCUAUGGCACUAGUGUGGCUCACCAGUCUCCACUGGGGUGUAUGUGUGUAACUGAGGACAGAAUUUCUCUCUCCUGUAUUUAGUAAAAGGAGGGUGUUAAAAUUAUAUACGUACACAAACUGAAUAUGGGGAGCUCCUCACUUUCACUAUUAAACCUUCAAAAAUAACUCAGGCUAACCCAGAGUGCUGGUAACUAUUAUUUAUUGUACUUUGGCUCCCUCUGGUGGAGAUAACUAGCACUGAAGGUUGCAGCAGAGAUUAAAACCGGACCUGUGUUCCGUAAAUCUUAUCACACCCUCAACAUUUUUAUCUUUUCUUCUCACCCUUUCAGGACUUACAUUGUAUUUAUUUAUUCUGGGAAGACGUCUUUCACUGAGACUGUAUGUGUGCGUUAAGCUUGGUAAACCCUAACUUUUAUUAACAUAGACUACACACUUCAGAGCAUUAAAUAGCUUGUUGAUAUACUAUCUCUUGUGUAGGGUGAAUCUCUGGUUUUAGAGUUCAGAGAGGCUGAUUACCAUGAUUUAAUUGUCUUGGGUGGAAUUUUCAAAAGCACCUAUGUAAUUUAGGAGCACAAAUCUCACUGACUUUGCUUGGUCACUUAGGUGCUUUUUGAAAACCCCACCCUAAAUUUGGACCUUAGCUCCAAAGGAAAUGAGAUAAAUUGAGCCACUGUAUUUUUACCAUCCAGGCAGAGGUUUGGCAGUAGAUGCCUUGCAGUUUGUUCAGUAUCAUUUUUCUUGGGGUCUUCUAGCUACUGUACUCUAUGGCUUGGACAUGUCUGCUCCUAUUUUUCCACCUUAAUGGACUGGAGGAAGGGCUGUUUCUCCCUAAUUCUUGCUGUUGCCCUUCUAUGUGUUUGUCCCUUUCAGAUCCACCCAUAUCUAGCUUAGGCACAUUUUCCAAGCAUGUAAGUGGGGAUGUUUCCUAGAGGGUUUGUAUUAUAACAGUCAGACAUUUAUACUUAUCGUUAUGAAAGAGCCCAAAGCCCUUUCUAACCUCUGUGUCUGAUUCUGAUCCCACUUAUAUCAGUUUUACACUGAACAAGUGCUGAUCAACCUUUGGACUAAUAAAGGUACUUUCAGUUAAAGUGUCGACUCUUGAACUUUAUUGGAGUAGACUGGACACCCCAGGGAUACACUGGAAAAUCCCAAAAGUCGGAGCUGGGAUGUCAGGCAAGAUGGACUGUGGGCAGGCCUGGUAUGGCUGCUCUUAUGUGUAUGCUCUUAUCUGGACUUGCUGCGCUGAUGUGCAGUUAACAAGUCUUGUACCAACUUUGUCACAAACCACCAUGGUACAUGUGUGGUGACACUGCGCAGUUAGAGAAAGGAACAGAAAAUAAAGCAUUAUCUUGUUUCAAGCUCUACGAAGGCAGCUGGGUGGGUACUGUGACCGGAGAGCCCAUAGCUCUGAUCUGGCAAGACACAUCUAGCUACUGCACCAGGAAGUAGAGCAACCAGAGCAUCAUCCAAUAACUAGAUUAGCCUUUGCCUGUAACUACCGCCCCCAGAUUAUUUAUUAACCAUUCAGCUGCACCCAGGUUUUUUAACCCAGACACAGCAAAUAAACUAGGGUGUCAAGGGCAGCACUGGAGGCCAUCUGGGCCUAAUCAAGUUCCCUUGGGGUGACAUCAGGUGUCCCUUUCGCAGGGCUGAGAUCCAGCUAGAGCUCCCAGGGCAUGACUAAGACCCUAUGGUGGGGCUCAGGAGACUGGUCAUGGGUCUCUUUGGUGGCAUCAAGAGCCCCUGGGGGGAGGCAAGGGAUGCCUAGCUCCCUGUCUGGCUAGCUGUGUGUUGUUUGCCUCGCGCUCUGUGCCCAUUUGCAGACAGAGCCAAGUGCCAGGCAAAAGAUUGCAAAAUGUUCGAGAGAAAAGCUACAUGAAAAAAACAAUCAGCAGGGGCUUGCUUGCUUAUGAUUGACAGCAAUGGAAGGGACCGGUAUAGCUUGGGGAGGAAGGGAGAUCCUUCACCUAGAAGCCAAGCUGCCAGUGUGCGUAUCUUCUGAAAGGAGGGUCCCAGCCAGCUUGGCGGUACAGUGCUGUGCGAAGGAUUUUUGGAUGGGUGGCAUUUUUACAUCUCAGGUGGAUCUGAAAAAGCUGGAGAACGAGGAGGCAGAGAAGAAGAGACAGCACGAGAAGGAAGAGAGGCAGCGAGAGCGCGAGGAGGAAGAGACUAAGAGACUAAGAGACAUUUUAGAUUUGAUUCUGUCUAUGAGCGCGAGGAGGAAGAGAGGCAGCGAGAGCGUGAGGAGGAAGAGACGAAGAGACAGCACGAGAAGGAAGAGAGGCAGCGAGAGCGCGAGGAGAAAGAGAAGAAGAGACAGCACAAGGACCGUGAAAGAGAGCGACAGCACAAGGAACGCAUGCACCAGAGAGAGCUUAAAGACAAGGCCGAGGAAAGAGAGGCCCAGCGCCAGAUGCAAGAGAGAGAGUAUGAGGAGCAAGAGAAGAAGAGGAAGCACGAGGAGAACAUCAUGAAGUUGCAGAUCAAAAAAUUGAAAUUGCGCAUUCGCUGCAAAACUAACCUCUCAUCCAGUAAGAAUUCCCCAAAGGGCAAUCUUCUCCAAGAUAUGCUCUCAUCCAUCACAUGCCCCACUAUGCCUGAUGCUGUUGAGAAUGGUGAUGACAGCAGUGACGACGAUGUUGAUGACAGUUCAAGAUAGAGAACCCUCCAUUCUUAACCCUUCUGAACGGAGGAACUGUGAUGCUCGAUGUAUUGUCACCUAACCUGCCCAGCACCAAGGACAUAGUCCAUUUCUUCUCUCACCUUCCCUUCCCCUUUGGAAUGCUUUUCCCACCCAGGAGUUUAUUUCUGACUUUUCCUUUUGCUUUUCUGAGUCCUACUUAUUGGCAGUGCUAAUAAAGACAUAAGCG